AUGGAUCGAAGCAAUGGUACACUUGGUAUAAUUUCUGUCCAAAAUAUAACCUACAUGUAUCCAAAUAGUAGUUGGAUGCCGAUAAUUUCGACAAAUGAGAUCAAGCAGUUGUUUGCAUAUGCGUCCCGGAGACAUUUCUGUGUAUGCGCGAGCCAAUUGGCCCAAGAUAUGACUACAGUCUUUCACCUAGGACAAAGCUGGAUACACAAAGACUCAAGGAACUUCAUCGCGCUCUAUAAAGUCGACAUGAAGCUCGCUUUUGAGAACUUCCGACUUUCUCCCCGUUGCUCGUAA